AUGGAUUUCCAGAAUCGAGUAGGCAGCAAACACAGAGGUGGAGGUAUGGCUAGUGCCUCAGAAUCUAAUGUGGACCGUCGUGAAAGACUUCGCAAGUUGGCCAUGGAGACGAUUGAUAUCAGCAAAGAUCCCUAUUUCAUGAAGAACCAUUUGGGCUCAUACGAAUGUAAACUGUGUUUGACAUUACACACCAGCGAAGGAUCCUAUUUAGCACACACACAAGGUAAAAAGCAUCAAACCAACUUGGCACGUCGUGCUGCCAAAGAAGCCAAGGAAGCCAACAUCAUUCAGCCUGCGGUGGGCCCUGCUAAACCACUGGUAGCUCCUCGCCGCAACAUUAUCAAGAUUGGUAGACCUGGUUAUCGAGUCACCAAAGUGAGAGAUCCAGUUACUCGUCAAUCAGGCCUAUUAUUCCAGAUCCAGUAUCCUCAGAUUGCAGACGAUGUCAAACCACGCCAUCGAUUCAUGGGUGCGUAUGAACAAAAAAUCGAGCCUCCCAACAAUGCCUAUCAAUACGUAGUCAUCGCAGCAGAGCCUUACGAGUCUAUUGCGUUCAAGAUUCAAAGUCAUAAAAUCGAUGAGACGCCAGGCAAAUUUUGGACACAUUGGGAUCAGGAUGCAAAGCAGUUUUCGCUGCAGUUCUUUUACAAGAAUGAGAAGAAUGGUAUGUUUGAAGGCAUGGCAGCAUCAUCAACAGCACCAUCGCACAUUGCUCCUCCCCCACCACCUGUAACCACUGUUUAA